UGACCAGUUUGCCGUAUACGGUAACACUGCAUUUUUCGUUUUGUUGUUGCUAUUUUCAUAAUUUAUUAAAUUUUGCACAAAGUACGCGCCAAUUGGACGCUUUUUAGACUUUUAUAGCGAACAUUUUGGACACUGGCAGCCAUUGCAGGUGCUUUUAUGCCGGGUAACUUUCGGAAAUCAUCUGUGCGUGGAUAUUUGGCCAACAGUUGUUCUGCUUUUGGCAUUUUUACGCCAUCGAAAUUGCUUGUUUGACGAGGAUGUCGCAAGAAAAGCUGUCCAAUGAUGUCUUUACGAACAGCAGGCUUUUGGAACUUCUUUCGGAAAUCUGCAUCUGCGUUCAGGGGAAACAGCCGCCCGAAACUCACGAACGCAACGUUGCCCGUGCUGCUCACUGUAUAGUCUCCAGUGCCAGUAGUUCGACACCUCUCAGCGAACGCGAAUGUGUCCAGAAGAUAACAUCGCUCCUUAAUGCCCGCGAUGAACGGGGAAGUGUGGAGUCGGGAACGCAAUUCUAUGCACUCUAUAGGAGGCUUCUGCAGCAAAAGAUCGAACCCAAUAUGCGGCAUUCGCUGGUGGGAUACUUCCUGGCGAUGGUCAACAGACCACCGAGAGGAAACGGCUAUACGGCCACCGAGAGAUCGGAUAAUCUCAACUUGGUUUUGAGCAAUGGCGGAUCGUCCGACACACAGAUUCACAGUUCUUCGAGCGGCACUUCCAAAAUAUCCACAACCAGCUUUAAUGGAAAUGGCGUAGGCAAGACACAAUCCGUCUACAGCUAUAAUUCCUCGCAAACUAACCUGGGCUUGGACCAGAAGCCUCUGCCCAAUUACAUAAAGGACCUCCAAGCAGAAAACAAGAACUUCGAGUUGCGUCAGGACAUAGUUUCAAAUGCCAUUUACUCCUUUACCGGCGUGCAAGGAAAAUACUUGAAAAAGGACGUGGUCACCGGGCGUUUUAAACUGGAUCCAUUGAAUAUUAAGGUGCUGACAACCGGACAGGCUGGCAUGUUGCUGCGUUUAUCGGAGCUGGGUUACUAUCACGAUCGCGUAGCGAAGUUUGCAGACGUAUCCACCGGCUUUAAUGCCAUGGGCUGCAUGGGUCAGGCACUCAUCUCGAAGCUCAAGGAGGAGUUGACAGCCUUUAAUGGGCAGGUGUCUCAGCUACACGACGUACUGAGUCGCUCUCGAAAGGUCAAGCAGGAGAAGAAACCGGAAAAGUCUGGCGAGGAGAAGGAUGAUGAUGACGCUGGCGAGCUAACACUAUUCAAGCUGCUUGCCUGGUACAUGAAGCCCUUGCAUCGACUGCAAUGGCUCACCAGGAUUGCCGACGCCUGUCAGAUGAAGAAGGGCGGCGAACUGGCAUCGACCGUUUACGAUAUGCUCGACAACGGCCAUUCUAUGGUCAAUGAAUUGGUGGAAGAAGUGCUGACCGCAAUCUGUGGCCCGCUGGUGCGCAUGAUUUCCAAGUGGAUGCUGGAGGGCGGCAUUUGCGAUAUCUACGGCGAGUUCUUUGUGGAGGCCCUCAACGAAGUGGGUCCCGAUCGGCUGUGGCACGAUAAAUUCCGUCUACGUGUGGCCAUGCUGCCCAAAUUUGUGCCUUUGGAUCUGGCCGAUAAGAUUCUCAAGACGGGCAAGUGCAUCAACUUUCUAAGGGAAAUCUGCGAGAUGCAGGAAUUGGUCAAAGAGCGCAACGAACUCAAGAACAUUAUGGACAAUAGUGUUUCUCACAUAUUUUCGUACGUGCCGGAUACUGCGUGGCAUGCGGCUGUGGAAACCUGCUACCAGCAGACCUCCAAAAAUGUCCUCGACAUCAUGGUUGGUCCCCACAAGCUGCUGGUUCACCUGCAGGGAAUGCGUCGCUAUUUGCUCCUUGGCCAGGGCGAUUUUGUCAGCAUACUUAUUGAGAAUAUGAAACACGAACUGGAACGCACAGGCGAUGAUAUAUAUGCCCACGAUCUCUCUUCCAUGUUGGAUGCCGCUCUGCGCUGCACAAACGCCCAGUUCGAUGAUCCGGAUAUACUAAACCACCUCGAUGUGGUGGUGCAUCCUCCAUACACCGGUGAUAUCGGCUGGGACGUCAUCUCGCUGCAGUACAUCGUUCAGGGACCAUUGGCCACCAUGCUGGAGCCCACCAUGUCCACCUACAAGGACCUCUUUAAACCACUCUGGCGAAUGAAGCACAUGGAGUUCGUACUUUCGAUGAAGAUUUGGAAAGAGCAAAUGGGCAAUGCAAAGGCCCUCCGCCCGAUGACUUCCGAGAUCGGCAAGGCGUCACACCGCCUGAACCUGUUUACGUCGGAGAUCAUGCACUUCAUCCACCAGAUGCACUACUAUGUGCUCUUCGAGGUGAUCGAGUGCAACUGGGUGGAGCUGCUGAAGAAGAUGCAUCAGGCGACGGCCCUCGACGACAUCCUCGACGCACACGAGAAGUUCCUGGCCACAAUAACUCUGGGCUGCUUCGUCAACUCGGAGACAGAAAUUGGAAAGUAUUUGGAGACGGUGUACACGAACAUUAUCGAGCUGGAAAAGUGGCAGUCGUCCUUCUACAAGGAUUGCUUUAAGGAGCUGGGCGCCCGCGAGGAUCUAGUUCGGAUGGUGGAGAAAUCGGAAAAGGAAGGACACUAUGGGCUGACCAACGAGCACAUCCUGCAGCGCGACCACGAGACCAAGAUCUUUGCCGAAAGGGUUGACGCCUCUUAUCGCGGGCUGGAAGUGAUUGCGUUGGCAUAUGAAAAAGCCGUUAGUGGUUUCCUUAUGGCCCUCAACACCAGCGAUGAUCCGAAUCUCCAGCUGUUCGGUACGCGUCUGGACUUUAACGAGUACUACAAGAAGAGGGACACCAAUCUGAGCAAACCGCUCACCUUCGAGCACAUGCGAAUGAGCAAUGUGUAUAGCAUGAACCACAGAAACUUCCAGAGCAGCCGGUUCGUUGUAAACACACAGUCCCCUAAGGAAUAGUACCCAUCUCCAUUUGUGCCUGCCAUCACAUCAUCCCAGUGCCAAUAUCAGAAUCAUUAGGCCACCAUCGUUGCAUCCAGUCCAACUGCUGCUAAAUAUUUGAGAUACCACAAUGCCAUUGAACAAACGAAGCAAACAAAAGCAAUCAAGCAAACUAAUCCAACUAUUUACUAAGCUAUUUUGAGUCGAAAAGAACCUGCACUUAUCUAUGUAUAUCUCAAGCAUUUCCGUCAAUCGGCUGGCUGCAAGCCAUCAACUUAAGAUAUCUCGAAUGUUUAACUCUCAUUUAUUAAAGAUUUUUUUGAGUAGUUCUAAUCGAAAAGUAUUAAAUGGAGGUACGUUUGUCGAAAGGCGCACAUUGAUUUUUGUAAAAUCCCCUUGUUUUUUUUACAACGAAGGCUGUAGUUGCGAACAGAAAAUAUGGCGCAACUAAAAAGCUAAGCUAAAUCUCGUUUCUCCAAAGUGCGUUUGUCAAUUGCCCUAGGGUAAUUAUAAAGUAAAAAUAAGAGAAUGUUACGUAUUUUAAAUGGGAAAGUUAGAGAACGUUUUAAAAUGUUAAUGUUUUGAACAGUUUUAAACCGUAAUUCGAGCUCGAAAUAAACGCUUAAUUGCAUUAAAAAAUU